GUAGCGGAGACCGAUUUGCGCCUGGCGUAGCGUCGCCGGCUCGGCGUGAGGAAACGCAACGUGCUAGCGGGCGCUCGCGUCGGACGUCGGAGUAUAACAGAGCCUUCACAUGCGGCAUGUGCCUGGCGCGGCGACGGAUGAGGACCACUGUGGUGGCCUUUUUGAACACAACUGAAACAAUAUAUGUAUAUUCAACAACUGACCCUAGUUGCAUAUAUGACUAUGACAACGAGGAAGAGGGGAGGCCCUCAUGUAUGCAAUAUCGACCAAAAGUUGAAGGAGAUGACAAAUAUGUUUUCAACAUGUCGUAUAUAUUGAUCUCUACGUGGCACACCAAAAUAUUUUGCGUAGAACUGGGAGAGACAAGAGUUCUCGGGACGCCCUAUAUGAUGGGAGAGUGGCAGGAAGGUGAACUAAAAGAACUUCGUUUGGACGUCUAUGACAAGAAAUUUGGAUGCGCUCUCUUCUUUUACAUACAGUCUAACGGGAAAAUAUCACAUAAAUAUUGUGAAAUACAUGUGCAAGAUGCUGAAGUGGAAUCAUACCACAACAAAACAGAUGACAUCUGCAGACAGCGGGCAAAGAGAAUCUGCAAGGACCAGCUGCUUUAUACCAUCUACUCAGUGAACUGCAACCCCAUUGUUACAGUGGCAGCAGUCAUCAUUUGAAAUAAAGCUGUAGACAA